AUGGGCCGGUUCUCCGAAUCCCUCUCGUCCAUGUUGGACGGUGGCUCCGACUACCAUCCUCGUGAGUCGCGUGGCCGCCAUCACUCUCGUGGACCUGCGGUUCUCGACCGACCACCACCGCGCCGGUUUGAAGACGAGGUCCGCUGGGAUUCUCGCAUACAAGAUCCCGAUCGCUAUGGCCCUCCUGCUCGAAUGCCGAGCCGGCAUUACGAUGAUGACCACUUAGCUCACAGAGGCGCACUGGUUCGCCAGGAGCGCCGUCAUGCUGAAAGUCCCCCUCCCCGACCGAGGCUGCUCCGACGACAGUCCUCGUUGGAUACCUUUGAUCGCGUGCCCUCCCGCAAGAUAGACGAGUACUACCGUGGUUAUCGUCCAAGAGCCCCGCCCAGUCCGCCUCCGCUCCGCCGUGCGCCGCUCCGAGAAGAGUACGAAGCCAUUCGGAUUCCAGAGCGGGAGCCUAGAUACCGAGAGAAGGUAGAGGAAACGAAACCGUAUCCGCGCAAGGGAAAGACACGCAUGCCAGAGAAACUCGUUCAUCCUCGCGCAAUCCGGGAGUUCGGCUACCCUUACGAGGAAGAGGGUGACCUAGUCAUUAUCCAGCUAGCUCUCUCAAAGGAUCAAAUUGAUGCUGUCAUUGAGAGAAGUCGCGAGAUCAGGCGUCAGGCUGAAGCCAUCCCUAUAAGAGCGCGGUCUCCCGUCCGAGCGACUUCUAGGCGCAGAAGAUCUGAGCGAGUUGUGAUGGACACCUAUUCGCCCAGUCCCAGAGCCAGCGAGACUCUGAUAGUCGAGCCGUCGCCCAAUCGAUACCUCUCACCUUCUCCGCGAGGGUACGAUUAUUCCACAUCUACGACGAAGAGAACAGUUUCACGUUCACGUUCGAUUUCUAUUCAACCACGCCGCCGCCGCCACUCAUCACCCCCGCGCAUGUUGUUGGAACGCCGCUCCGAGCGCUCUGACAACCCCAGUCACAAUGCCUUGGUCAUACGUCCGCGGGAUAGCGAUAGUGAUCUUGAUGACUAUGCCAUUGACCAUUACAGGCCGCCAUUUGACCCGAGCACUGCGCUAUAUGGCGAUGGCGACCAAGAAGAGGUUUUGGAAGUCAAACGCGAUCGCAGAGGGCCGUCCUCCCGAACUGUCCGUCGCAUGCUUGCAACGAUGACUUAA